GAAUCGAACGAGUUAUCCAUGUCGAGCGAGUCAACGAGUGCAAGCACAGGAAUUAACGUAGUGAGAAACUUACGUGAAAAUCGAAUUUUUUGUUGUGAUUCAUUGACGUUUUUGUGGAAAAAUUAACAACAUUUUUAAGUUAAAUGAAGAAAUCACUUGAAAUCUGUGAAAUCUUGCAAUAUUUUUUUAGCAAAAAGCGCAGUCGGACAGUAAAUGUUGGAUAGGCGCAGCACCGAACAAUUGAAAUUUCAAUACAUACAAACGGCAAAUAAAAGGUGACGAGGAGAAAGAAUUAAAUUAAUAUUAAGAGGUUUGGGGAAGGAGGCAAUCAUACAAGGUGGGGACACAUGUUUAAAUACCAAGUAGAUAAAACAAAAAAGAAAAGUACUAAAAAUAGUUGAAAAGGUAUAUAUUAUUAGCGGUAACGGCGAAUUAUUAAUCUAUACCAGUAAAAUUGUUGACUGAAGUACAUAUAGUGCCAGGAGAAACCUUAAACUGUUCGGAAAAGUCAAUUAGUAACGGGGCUGAAAAAAUUGAACAAUACAAGCAAACAAAAUCCAAAGAUCAUCAUUGUAGCUAGAAGCACUGAAUUCAUCAUAGUAUUGACAUUAAUUUGACUUUUGCCUUGUGGAAUUGACGCAGUAACAAAUUCACACUUGAGCGCAAUUGGAAUCCAUAGCAAUAGCUAAAUUGGACAAUGAACGAAACAGCAGCGGCUACUUCCUCCUCGUCGACGUCGUCGGCAGCGGCGGUUGCAGAUAGUGCCAGUGCAGCAGCAACCACUAAAACUGCAAAUGCUGUUGGAGCAUCAGUGGCUGGGGCGGGUAAUGCAGCGGCAGCAACUACCUCUACAACAACAGCAGCAAAAUCAACAAGUGUGAAGCUUCUAAUUAAAGCAUCAAAUCAACAAUAUGAUGAUCAAGUUCUCGAAAUUGACUUGCUAUGGACGGUAAAACGGCUAAAAGCACACUUAGCACUGGUGUACCCUAAUAAACCGCCAGUCGAUGAGCAAAAAUUAAUUUACUCAGGCCAACUUUUGAACGAUGACUUAUUGUUGAAGGAUGUCAUACGCAGUUACAAAGACGUUUACACUCAUAAUCAUAUAAUACAUUUAGUGUAUACACCGAAGAACUCCUUUAAUACGAAUUUCGCGCAAAAAACCAAAGGCAGCACCUCCAAUAUGAGUCCCAAUACUAAUAACACAAACGCUGAUGGCUUGCGACAACGACAUAUUGCUGGUGGUGGUAUGUCGUCCAACGCAACCGCCCAACAAAAUAUUCAGCAGCAAUAUUAUCAACAAUAUCAAGCGCAACAUCCAAAUUUCGUUUACCCACAACACAAUCAACAGAUGCUUAAUCCACUGUGUCCUGUUUACGAUCCUAAUAACCCACAAUAUGCGCUGCCAUUUGGUUUUCCUGGACUAUUAAAUAUGCAGGCCAUGGCCACUCAACAGGCUGCCAUCUACAACUGGAUGCAGCAGGUGUACUCACAAUACAUGGAACAGUGUAUGCGAAUGUCUAAUACAACGGCUACUGUCACUGGUAUCCCCAAUUUAUUUGCAACAAAUGCAGCAGCCAGUGCUGCAGCAAAUAUGCCAAUAGCUGGGGCUGCUAACCCAUUCGGAUUUAAUCCAUUUCUACAGCAGAUGCCUUUUCUAGCACCAACAACAGCGGCGGCGGGUGUGGCCACAGCCGGCGCAACUCAUCCUGUGAUACCAGCAGCUACACUGUUGUCGCAACAGGCUCGCCCAGCUAAUUUAGUUGGUGCGCAGCCCGUACACGGCACGGAUGGUAAUGCUGCUGCAAUGCAAGCCGCGGGCGGUGAGCAAGCACAGGCGCAGCCGGAGCGGCAACAUGCGGCUGCACCACGCUUCCCUAACAUUGUGCAGGAUGAACAGGAGAAUCGUGAUUGGCUGGAUAAUUUCUUUUCGAUAACACGUCUUGCGAUCUUUCUGACAAUUCUAUACUUUAAUUCAUCUCCAUUGCGUUGUAUCGGUGUCGUUGUAAUUGCUGGCGUUAUUUAUCUCUACCACAUUGGUGUGUUGCGCCUGCGAAAUGAGCGUAACAACAAUAACAUCAAUCGUAAUAAUAAUGCGGCGGAUGCAGAUCAAAUCCGUCGUGGUGUACGACAAGUGCAACAGGCUGCACAGGCCAACGAACAGCGAAAUCCCGAAAAUGCUGCUGCUGCCGCUGACGAUGCCGUCGAUGUGCAACAACAAACUAACGCGAAUUCUGCUGGAGCCGAGGGUGCGGCGGCAGUUGCAGCUGAUGCCACUGAAAAUAACGAUAAUACUGCAUCUGUGAUUUCUGUUAUGCGCACUUUUGUGGUGACAUUUUUCACUUCUUUGCUACCCGAAACGCCGACACUGUAAAUCUACUAAGAAUAGUUUCAAAGUAUGAUAGCUUGGCGUUUUUGAAUGGUUUUAAAGACGAUGUAGGCAGUUGUUUUCUAUAUGUAUAGAUAUUUAACAUUAACGAUUUCAUCUAUUCAAUAUUGGUUUAUCUUCCGAGAUGAUGCGAUCGAUUUUGUUCAAAAUGAAAAGCGAGAAAAACUGAAAACAAUUGUUAUUAAACAUAUUAUCACCAACUUUAUUUAUAUGCGCAAAUACAUACAUACAUAAGUAAGUUCGCUCUGAGUUUUUUUAAAAGUUGUCAAAACUAAGAAACAAUUUGUGUACAUUUUUAUGCGCAAACUAUUGUUUACUAACUCUAGAAAUGAAACGAUGUAUUUUGCUUCAUUUGUUUACUUUUUUUCAUUUUUGAGAAUUAAAAUUAUAAAAGUAUUGAAAUAACCAGUUAAAUAAGUGCUUUGUCACGUCUCACUAUUAAAGCGAUAGCAUUCAUUGCAAACCUACAUACAUACAUCUUUCAUUGGUGAAGAAUUCAUUUGCUUAUUGACUUGAAAUUAAAAAAAAAUGAAUUCUUUUGCUUAUCUAUAAUGGUUACAUCGCUAUUUAACCGCACCUAUACUAUUAUCUUAUUAUUGUUUUAGUACAUAUAGUGAUUUUUUUGCAAUUGCUGCGCCUGUUGGCGUUUUUUGUAUAGUUUUUAAGUGAUAAAUAAACACACACGUACAUAUACUUACAUAUACAUACGCAUACAAAUAUUAACUACGGGAAGUAUAUUUGUGGUAAGCUGAAUAAAAAUAAUAAAAAAAUGCUUUAUUCAUUUAUAGACUA